GCUCUGUCCUAGCUUCUGCCAACCUAGCAGUUUGAAAGCACACUAGUGCAAGUAGAUAAAUAGGUACCCGCUGCGGCGGGAAGGUAAACAGCAUUUCCGUGCGUUCUGGCUUCCAUCACGGUGUUCCAUUGCGCCAAAAGCGGUUUAGUCAUGCUGGCCACAUGACCCGGAAAGCUGUCUGUGGACAAACUCCGGCUCCCUCGGCCUGAAAAGCGAGAUGAGUGCCGCACCCCAUAGUCACCUUUGACUGGACUGUCCCCAGAAAAAAGCACUGGCUUAAACCAUUAUUUUUGAGAUCUAAUAACAUAAGUAAGAUGACAGGCUAUAUGUGUUAGUGGUAGGAUAUGCUGUGUCUUGUGACUUCUGCCUGUUGAAUACUUACGUGAAUAUUAAGCAUUUUGAAAAGUAAUAUUGUGUGUUCUUGCCCACUUGUUGAAAACAUCCAACAAAACUGGUCGGCAUCUCAUGUUCAGUGUUUGGAGACGCUAAAAGAUGUAGUACAGUGAGAUGGGAGAUUAGAUUCGUGAGUCAUAUCCUUUUAAAGCUGUGAAGCAACUGUAUUCGCACUCUAUGGUUUCCUUUUACAGUCCCUCCCAGUGACUGCAGUUCAGAGCAGCAAGCUGUGUGCUAAGAAGUCACUCCUGCCAGAUGGAGACAAACAGUAUCAUUGGGGGAUAACUCAUUUAUAGGAGUAAUUUUAAGUGUUGAUGGAUGUUGAAGCCCAAACAUGAUUGUUUGAUUCUCCAAACUGAAAACAGGGAACAUGUUGCCAUUUGAGAACGAUAAGAGAGUCAAUCCUACUGGAACUAGUAAUGCAGAAUUGCCUCUGGCUGAACCCGGAAUGUACCAGUUGGACAUUACAUUAAAAAGAGGUCAUAAUCUAGCAGCUCGUGAUCGAAGAGGGACAAGUGAUCCAUAUGUCAAGUUUAAAAUUGGUGGAAAAGAAGUGUUUAGAAGCAAAACUAUCCAUAAGAAUCUUAACCCUGUAUGGGAAGAAAAAACUUCAAUCAUGAUUGAACAUUUAAGGGAACAACUGUACAUAAAGGUCUUCGAUUAUGAUUUUGGGCUUCAAGAUGACUUCAUGGGAUCAGCGUUUUUGGAUCUCGGCUCACUAGAGCAAAAUAGGGCAACUGAAGUUACGUUGAGUCUCAAGGAUCCACAUUAUGCUGACCAAGAUCUUGGAACUAUAUUAUUGUCUGUAUUGCUGACACCAAAAGAACAGCAACGGGAAGGGUUUCAGACCCAGAGUAUACGUCUGUCAGACCUGCACAGAAAAGCUCAGCUGUGGAGAGGGAUAGUCAGUGUCACUUUGAUUGAAGGUCGUGAACUCAAAGCCAUGGAUCCAAACGGGCUCAGUGAUCCCUAUGUGAAAUUCCGACUGGGACACCAGAAGUACAAGAGUAAGAUUAUGCCAAAAACUUUGAAUCCUCAGUGGAGAGAACAAUUUGACUUGCAUCUCUAUGAGGAACGAGGUGGAAUUGUUGAUAUUACAGUGUGGGACAAAGAUGCUGGCAAAAAGGAUGAUUUUAUUGGCAGGUGCCAGGUUGACCUGUCGACCCUGAGCAAAGAGCAAACUCAUAAGCUGGAGUUGCCUCUGGAGGAAGGGGAAGGCUUUCUGGUAUUGCUGGUCACCUUGACUGCCUCAGCUGCAGUCAGCAUUGCUGACCUCCCAGUCAAUGCCCUGGAGGACCUAAAGGAACAGGAAGAAAUACUAAGGAGAUAUAGUCUAGUGCGGAUGUUUCAUAACAUGAAGGAUGUGGGAUUUCUCCAGGUGAAGGUUAUCAGAGCAGAAGGUUUGAUGGCAGCUGACGUUACAGGUAAAAGUGAUCCAUUUUGUGUAGUUGAGUUGAACAAUGAUAGACUGCUGACCCAUACGGUGUACAAGAAUCUUAAUCCUGAAUGGAACAAGAUCUUCACAUUCAAUAUUAAGGAUAUCCACUCAGUUCUUGAAGUGACAGUUUAUGACGAAGACCGAGAUCGGAGUGCUGACUUCCUGGGCAAAGUGUCUAUACCAUUGUUGUCUAUUCAAAAUGGUGAACAGAAAGCCUACGUCUUGAAAAACAAGCAGCUGACAGGGCCAACAAAGGGGGUCAUCUAUCUUGAAAUAGAUGUGAUUUUUAAUGCUGUGAAAGCCAGCUUCCGAACGUUAAUGCCCAAAGAACAGAAGUAUAUUGAAGAAGAAAACAGAAUUUCUAAACAGCUUCUUCUAAGGAACUUCAUGCGGAUGAAGCGUUGUGUCAUGGUUCUUGUAAAUGCCGCCUAUUAUAUAAACAGUUGCUUUGACUGGGAUUCACCACCAAGGAGUCUUGCUGCUUUUGUGCUCUUCCUUUUUGUGACCUGGAAUUUUGAGCUGUACAUGAUUCCUCUGACACUGUUGCUACUGUUGGUGUGGAACUACUUCCUGAUCAUUUCAGGGAAGGAUAAUAGACAACGUGAUACGGUAGUGGAGGACAUGCUAGAGGACGAGGAAGAAGAGGAUGACAGAGAUGACAAGGACAGUGAAAAGAAAGGAUUUAUGAAUAAGCUCUAUGCCAUCCAGGAAGUGUGUGUCAGUGUCCAGAACAUCCUUGAUGAAGUGGCUUCCUUUGGAGAAAGAAUAAAGAAUACAUUCAAUUGGACUGUUCCGUUCUUGAGCUGGCUGGCAAUCGUUGCCCUCUGUGUGUUCACAGUCAUCCUGUAUUUCACUCCACUGAGAUACAUUGUCCUUGUCUGGGGGAUCAAUAAAUUUACAAAGAAGCUCCGAAGUCCAUAUGCAAUCGAUAACAAUGAAGUACUCGAUUUCCUUUCCAGAGUUCCUUCAGAUGUGCAACUGGUGCAGUACCAAGAACUGAAACAUGAUCCAACCCACAGUCCAAGUAAGAGGAAGAAAAACAACCCUGGCUAGCCAUAUCCAUGUGCUUAGGAGACCAUCAUCUGUUCAAGGGGGAAAUAAAACUGAAAAGCUCUAGACCUAAGGAGCAUUUCCUCUCUCUAAGCUUUAUUUAUUUUGCCUUUUAUUAAUAAUGGGAAAAUUUAUAAAUACUGUACAAAGGGAUUUAAUCAGUGAAAUUGCACUUGAAGUUGUACAGAGUUAUGACGAAGGCUUCAAAUUUAGUUUAAGCUGAAGUUUUGUUGAAGUCCAUUUAUAGCAUGAAUGUGAAAUGGUAAGUGAUAUGAUAGGCACACAUGACUGGAUAAGCAAAAGAUACAUUUUUAAACUCAUCCUCUGGUUAAUUUUUUAAAACUAACUGAGGAUUUAUGCAUGACCCAUCCUUUUAUCCAAAGAAGAUCACUCUUUUUUAUAUUUUAUACAUUCUGCCAGAAGAACAGAGCAAAGGCACUUAUUUGUGUGUUUCAUCCAAAAGAAAUAAAACUGCAAUUAGACCCUGCUGCAAAUAAUCAAACUGACUAGGGCUUGCCUAAAAAGCAAGCUAAACUAAACGCAAAUGUCUUACUGGUUCUCCAAAGAUUUAAAGAAGUUCUUAACACUUUUAUCAUUCCACCACAAGACUUUGAAAAAAAAAUAUACCUGUAUCUAAAAUACUGCCAGGUUUAUAAUGGAUUGCAUAUUUAACUUUUUAUAUUGCCACUAAUCUUGAUUUGUACUUACUUAGCCUAGUGAAGAAGCUGCAUAUCGUUCAGUAGUGAAAGAAAUAUUAUCAGAUUAAAACCAUAUUGCUUCAGGUGUCAGGCUGUGAACACCUUUUGUGCACAUAUAGUAUGUCAAUACUAAAAUCUGUUUGCUUCCUAAUCAAAAGGCCAUUUUAAAAAGCUUUACAGCAUAGCACUUGACCUAUUACUGUGGCAAAUGAAAACGAAACAAUGUGGGCUGAAUUUAUAUACCUGUUUUUUGUUUCUUCAUUUGAUUCACCCAAUCAGUCCUCCUGAUAGUUAAGUGCCCUGUUGCGUGGAAAGCAUUUUUUUUAAUUGUGGCAGAUGGGAAUAUGGUUUACAUUUCAAAACAUUGCCAUUGCAUAAUGAGUGGCUAGGAAUAUAUUCUUAAACUGUGACCAGUGGAGCUCUUGAGCUGAGUCUGUACACCUGAGGACCUUAUCAUAUAGUCCUUACAGAAAACCUGCAGUGGGUGUCAAAAGGACCAAUUAAGAACUAAUGGAUUUGUGCCCUCAGGGGGGAAAGAGAUUCCACACUCUUCAUUACGGAACAUUCAGUCUGCGUUGUGGCUGCUUACCAGAUUCUAUUGCACUACUUACUGUUAAAAUAGUACUUUUUUGAGAGAGAAAUAUUCAAUAGUAUAUGCACAGGAAAAUGUAUAUACAUUAAUUUACAUCUAAACGUAUUCUUAAACUACAUUUCUCAUGAAAGCUGAUUUUGAAAAUUAUUUUUAUCUUAGAGAUGUGUUGCUGUUUCUUACAAAAUAACUAUUUUGAAAUUGCCUAUUUAUACAACAUGCUUGAAAGAAUGCCAAACAAGUUAUGUAUCUGCAGGGAAGACUUGACCCAAACAUGUUCUGGUUAUGUAGCCAGGUGAUCGUGACUUAUUCAAUAUGCACAUGAAUGCAGGCCGUGUCUGUUUAUUGCUGAUGAACAAAUAUGCCAUUAAUGAAGUCAACCUAUUGAAUCGUCUGUAUUAAUGUUGAUAAUUUCUUUUAGUCUGGAAUAUUUUGUUCACAGUGAAAACCUGUUACAUAAUACAGGAAGACUUUUCUCUUCAUUUGUUCACUUACUAUUAUCUAUCAUUCUGUGGGCUUUUUCUUUUCCCCUGUACAAAAUGCUGACCUAACUUAUUUAUGCCAUUAAACUCAUAUGACAAACGAUUGAUUUACUGUGUGAAACAUUACGGGAUAAAGAAUAAAGAGUUCAUAUGCAGUGGUACCUCGGUUUAAGUACACAAUUGGUUCCAGAAGUCUGUACUUAACCUGAAGCGUACUUAACCUGAAGUGAACUUUCCCAUUGAAAGUAAUGAAAAGUGGAUUAAUCCAUUCCAGACGGGUCCGCAGAGUACUCAACCUGAAGCGUACUUAACCCCAAGUAUGAGUGUAAUUGGUUCUGGAAGUCCGUACUUAACCUGAAGCGUACUUAACCUGAAGCAAUCUUUCCCAUUAAAAAUAAUGGAAAGUGGAUUAAUCCGUUCCAGAUGGGUCCGCGGAGUACUUAAACUGAAAGUACUCAAACCGAAGCGUACUUAAACUGAGGUAUGACUGUACUCCCCACUCUUCCAUGCUCAGGGAGAGCAAAUGUCCACAAUUUGCAUAACGGUAUUGAUGGGAAAGCAUCUAUAAUGACCACUUUGGAUUGGGGCCAGCAAUUAAAAGUAAUGUUGGUGACUGCUUAGAGAAGUUAUUUUCUCUCCAAAAGUUAUAAAUGCACUUGGAAUUGCUGCCUUUGGAUCUCCCAACACCCCAUCUGAGCUUUUUACCUGCUGGGGUCUGUUGCCUUUUGGUUUCUGCAAUGGUUAACCGGAUCAUAGAACCAUAGAAGAGUUGGAAGGGAUCUAAGGAUCAUCUAGUCCAACCCCCUGCAAUGCAGGGACGACCCUAGGAACCCCACAAGGAUGACAUAAAGACAUAAAGACUACAGACCUCUCCUGUUCAGUGGCAUGCUGAGUACUGAGAUUCCAAUCAGCUACCAUUAAUAGCCAUUAGAGCUUAUCACCCAUGAGUUUGUCUGAUUCCCCCUUUGAAGCCAUCUAAACUCAUGCGGAUGCGGGUGGCGCUGUGGCUUAAACCACAGAGCCUAGGGCUUGCCAAUUAGAAGGUUGGUGGUUCGAAUCCCCGCAACAGGAUGAGCUCCUGUUGUUCGGUCCCUGCUUCUGCCAACCUAGCAGUUCGAAAGCACAAAGUGCAAGUAGUUAAAUAGGUACCGCUCCAGCGGGAAGGUAAAUGGUGCUUCCAUGUGCUGCUGUGGUUCACCAG